AUGCAGCAAAGGAAGAAAAUUGAAUCGGAGGCGGAAGAUGCAUUUAAUAAUGGAAUAGCCAAUUUGCGUGAAUUAGAAACAGAUAUCGGUAAUAUGAUGAAAAGAAUGGCCAGUCCAGUUAUCCAGAAAUUUGAAGAAUUAAAAUUGACUCGGAAGAAAAGUAGCAAAGACACAAAAAUGCUGAAAAUAGAAAUGGCAAAAUUGUAA